CAUUGCGUUCAGUUUGGGCGAUAUCUUACCAUGGACAGCGUUACUCUUUCUCUCCUUGUUUUCAGCUGUGUUGCAGCGGCAGUUCUCGGCGAAAUCUGCACGGUGAACACUGAUUGCGUUGUAUCAACGGUUUGUGCUACUGGAUCUACAGUGAUUUGUCAGCACCCUGAUGGGCAAGGUGUCAAUACAAAUGGCGGCCUCUGCACGUGCAGCGGGGGAGGAGCAUAUGUAUGCGUACUCGCGAACGAGUGUUAUGCGGCUACCGGUAAUGCUCCAAACCUUAACUGUGAGGACAGCAGACGACAUUGCUACGAUCAACAGUGCAUCUGCUCCCGAUGGCCGGGUUUCGGGAAACGUGCGCUUGAAUGAAACUCAUUUACCUGUAUGCAUUUGAUGAUAAUAAACGCAAAUUAAUAUAGGAGAACACCAAACCGUU